AUGGAUUUGAAACAAUUAUCGCAACAAGAAUGCCUUGCUGAGUUACUGUCUGUUUUCGGCAACGAAGCACCACAUCAGUGGACCAUUUCCCGUUGGUAUGGAGAAUUCAAACGUGGACCGAGUGACGAAUCCAGGGUGGGUGCACCAAACACGGCAGCUACCCAGGAAGACGUCGAUGCUGUGCGAAAACUCAUCAUUGAAGAUGAACAUGUGACAUAUGGCGAGAUUGAGGCGUCCUUGAAGAUCUUAAAGACCUCAAUUCAAAAAAUUUUACACGAAGAAUUAGGAGUAAGAAAAUUAGUUUCUCGUUGGAUACCCCACCUGUUGACUGAAGAGCAGAAAGCAGCCAGGGUUAAUUGGUGUCAAGAAACGCUUGAACGUUUCAAUGCCGGAAACUCAAAAAUGUUCAUCACCGAGCUUCGAAAAAUCAACCCCGAAAGAAGAAUCAUCCUCCACCAAGACAAUGCAAGCUCGCAUAUAACCCAAAAAACAAGGCAGUAUUUAACGGAAGAAAACGUGGAAUUAUUGGAUCAUUCUGCAUAUAGUCCCGAUCUAAGUCCUAACGAUUUCUUUACUUUCCCGAAAAUUAAAAACAAACUGCGUGGUCAAAGGUUCCAGUCACCUGAAGAAGUAGUUGACACAUUCAACAAUGCCGUUUUGGAUCUGCCAGCAAACGAGUGGAAUAAGUGCUUCGAAAAUUGGUUCGAGCAUUUUUUACCACGAAUCGAGUUUUGCCAGAAUGGUGCUUUUAAUUUCCAUAACAUGCAUCACUGGUCAGAUGAAAAUCCAAAGGUUCAGUUUAAAGAAAAUAUGUGUUUUCAACAUGAUGACGCCCCUGCACAUUUUGGACGCAACGUUCGAAACUGGUUGAAUGUCAAUUUUCCAGACAGUGGAAGUGACGGUUCCAUAUUUGGAGAUGCAAGCGGAAGACCUGUGCGCUGCUGA